CGAACAUAUUGCUGCAUGUGCCGAAAUGCUUCUGUACAUCAGAGACAGCACGCCAUCUAUGCGUGGAAGACGCCAUUGCAGUGAUCAACAUCUGUCGCAGUUGACAUCUCCACUACCAUGAUACCCUGAUCGGAAGGUAGUACCUCAACCUACGCCAGCCCGGCAGAACAGAUCCGGAUUUAAAAGAGCUUGGGAGAAUCCAAACUCUAGGUUGCACGAGGCACCGGGAAGCAAGGAAAGAACAUCAUAAUGGCGUUUCAUGGCGACAGUAAAGAGGUCGAGCUCAAAAACCCAACGGCCAGCGUCGACGACAGCGACCAUUCCCGAUCACCACUUCAUAACCCUACCUCAAGCUCCGACGAUGCCAUCCAAGCAAAGCCAAGUCUGACAUGGAGGUCGUAUAUUUGGGACAGUCUCGACAAGUCUCCGGAAGAGCGGCGGUUCUUGUUCAAGCUUGACGCCGCCGUCCUCACGUUUGCAUCUCUGGGAUAUUUCAUCAAGUACCUCGACCAGAUAAACAUCAACAAUGCAUUCGUGAGUGGAAUGAAGGAGGAUUUGGGCCUGUAUAAGAACCAGCUAAACUAUAUGCAAACAUGCUGGACCGUCGGAUACGUCCUGGGAGAGAUACCUUCGAACAUGGUCCUCACACGCGUCCGUCCAAGCAUAUGGAUCCCAACGAUGGAACUCAUCUGGACCAUUCUCACAUUCUGCACCUCCAAAUGUAACAGCGCGAGUUCGAUCUACGCCAUCCGCUUCCUCGUCGGUCUUGCAGAGUCCACUUUCUAUCCAGGCAUGGUCUACGUGAUUGGAUCUUGGUACAGACGAGACGAACUUGCCAAACGCUCCUGUAUUUUCCACACCAGCUCUGCGAUAGGCAGUAUGUUCUCUGGCUACUUGAUGGCAGCUGUAUACCAUCUAGGCGGAAAAGGUGGUCUCAAAGGAUGGCAGUGGCUUUUCGUCAUCGACGGUGUAAUUUCCCUGCCUGUCGCACUGUCCGGCUACUUUCUGCUCCCUGAUGUGCCUGAGAUCACAAAGGCAUGGUACUUCAAGCCUCACGAGCGCGAGUUCGCCAAGAAACGCAUGAAGCUCGAAGGCCGUGCCGACCGCGCCCCUUACACCAAAGCCAAGUUCAAGAAGAUCUUCACCUCCUGGCACAUUUACUUUCUGGUGCCCUUGUACAUGCUGUUCAACAACGCGGGCGCAGGAGUCUCCCAGCCCACGUUCGCGCAGUACCUCAAGGACUCAAAGAGCCCCAAAUACACCAUCUCGCAGAUCAACGUAUACCCCACGACGACGUACGCGGUGCAGAUCGUCAGCACGCUCGUGUACGCGUGGACCUCGGACACGAUUUUGCGUGGCGCACGGUGGCCGCCCAUCCUUUUCGGUGCAGCGGUGAAUAUCGUCUGCUACGCUAGCCUGGCGGUGUGGGACAUUCCCACGGGGUGGCAUUGGGCGUGUUAUAUCCUGGCCGGAUGCGGCGGGGGGCUGAGCGGCCUAUGCAUGGCGUGGGCUCACGAGAUCUGUUCCGAAGAUAACGAGGAGCGAGCCAUCGUCACGGGAUCCAUGAACGAGAUAGCCUACGUGUUUCAGGCCUGGCUGCCGCUGGUCGUGUGGCAGCAGGUCGAUGCGCCACAGUACCACCGUGGCUUCGUGACGUCGGCAUGCCUGUCUGCAGGCUUGAUCGUAGUCGCCAUGGCCGUACGGUGGUUGUGGAAGUGGGAACUCGCGCGGAAUAAGCAGAUCAGCCUUGCCUGAGGAAACCAAAGCUUUUCGUACGAAGUUCCGCUACAGGUGUGAGCUUUUGCUUACCCCUGGCAGUCGAACACGCUGAUGUGCUGAACUGUGACACAAGAGAGGUGGAGGUGUGAGCAAAAUCAUCCCCUUUUGGACAGGAAAGCGUUGUAUAAGAAAUUUACGUUUCGAACAACCAAAAACUCCGUAAUAUCUGUCUGAAUUUGCUCUGUGGGCAGGAAAACGGAGAGCGUGGUCCUCUUUUUGUGAACUUUGGUCGCAUUGCUCACUCUGAAGCUCCCUUAACUGAGGAAGGAACUGGCCCACGCAUCAGAGUACCGACACAACUUGCUCUGUCGACCUUUCCUUCCGCCGGAUAGAGAAUGGCGAUGUACAUGGAUUUGCAACAUGUCGGCCACUGGCAAAGGGAUCAGAAGGUACAUCAAUGACAAGUAUUCGAUCUCACUUUCGGUAGAUGUUUGCAAGGCGCGAAUGGCUAGCCAAAAGGGAAGAAGGUGUAGUUUUAUACCGGGACAGAGCGCUGUCUCAUUCCCUUUCAAAAAGUCGGAUGCUUGGAUUGUUUCGUCUCCUGAGGUGAUCCUGGCCCCUCUGUUUUGGCCGGCAGUCCCCAAGCACUUUUUGUUCCGUAACCGAUAGGGUAUACUCUAUUCCAGUAAUCGAUCCCCGAGGGAACAAUUCCAGAUGACGGUCUUUUCAGCUAAACUCUAGUGAACGAGU